AAAGAAGACGACAACUGUCCGUCCUCCAUGAACCACUGCAUCCUGCUGCAGGAGCGCCCAAUCAAACAGACCAUCACCAGAGAGGCCCUAACUCUGCUGCUUGAUACGUUUUAUAACGAAGCUGAGUCCUUCCUGCUGUCACAG